AUGAAGAAGAUGGGGAGGAAAAGGAAACAAACAAACGAUCAAAAGAUGGAGCCGAUUUUGACGGAGAACUCCAAAGGAAAGGUGUCUUUCGCGGAGAAGCUUUCAAGAUUGGAUUGGCGUGACAUUGAACGUGGCGAUUUCAACAAGGAAAUCCGUUUGGACCUUUCGGAUCGCCUCUUUAGCUGGGAGAAAGUCGUGAAAGAUGGUGACAACGCGAUCAUACCGGCUUUCCACUUUCAACACCCCUAUGCCCCCUUGAUGGAAGAUUUCUGCCAACAUCUAGGAAAACUUGUGUUCUCUUUGCGUUGGUCGACUCACAAAAUGAAAGACACGGGCGAGCCGGUUGGUGUCUUUUGGCCAGUGAUUGUACACGAGAUUAAAGGAUUAUACCUUCGAGUGCAAUUUUUCGGGGACUCGGAUGAGGAUUUGGACGAAUUGUAUUGGGUGAAUUUGUUAUCCGAGGAAUUGAAACCAUUUGACGGCGAUUUGAAAGCGCUCCUUUUCGUCGCUCCUCCACACAUUAAAAAGACGAUGGGAUUGGUUAAACUUGAGGAUCAAGUCGCUUAUCUCGAAAGAAAUAUGGAAGGUUUGGAAUUGAUGCAAACCCCCCAAUCUUUUCUCAAAAAGCGCAAGAAAAUGCUUUGUGGCAAUAAAUAUCGGGAGGGUGAACGCGUCGAGCUUUUGGACAAUCUGAAUUCGGAUCGUGUUCGUGUGGCCGUGGUUCAACAAGUGCGUGGACGUCGAGCUAAUUUUAAAGUGUUGUCUGAAUAUUAUGAUGUUGACGCGGAUUCAAGGAAAAACGACGAAGAUCGACAGUAUGAAACUGAUCACACUUGGAUCGACGAAUCAUCACCACUCAUUUUCCACGUCGGAUGGGCUGCACUAGCGGAUUAUACAUUGGAAGUGAGCGACAAGGCAGACUAUCGAGACCAUGCACGCCGGGUAGCGCAACAUAUUGAUCAGAAAAAAUCCCUAAACUACUUCGCUGAUGAUGCCACUUUGUCCAAAACGAUGAGCGAUUGCAGAUCUGAUCCAAAAUAUGAAGACUUUCAAGUCGGUAUGAAACUCGAAUUUCUCGAUUGGCUCGACGCUGAUAUGCUGAACUGUCUCAAAGUUGGCACGAUUAUUAAAAUUUUGCCGAACAAUUACCUAUUGAUUGAAAGUGACGAAGGAAAGCGCGACGAUGUGUUGCCCGUUCACGCGAGUUCCGCAUACAUUUUUCCGCCUGAUUACGCCUACAAACAUGAGAUUCCGCUUUUUGAUCCGCAAGCUAAAAAGGCGGUUAAAAACUUUAACUGGAGCGACUAUUUGGAAAGGACGAAGUCGAAGCCAGCGCCGUCAUCGCUUUUUCACGAGACUCCCGAAAUCCGAAAGUUGGAGGAGAUUUUCCCGAUUGGUUCUCAUCUUGAGGCAUCAUGUCACAACGAGUCGCACCUCUACUUUCCGUCAAAAGUGAAGGCGAUUCACGGACGACUCAUCGAAGUCCAAUACCUUGGCUACUCUGAGGAAUACACUGAGCUUUUCGAUUACAAAAGUUCCGAUUUGUUCCCAGUUGGACACAGUGAAGGUUUUGGUUUAACGCUUCUUGCCCCCCAAGACAAA